CGGGCCAGGUCUGGGACACUGCCCCUCCAGACGACAAAGGGGACACGCACUACGCGGCCCAGUUUGCCGCGACAGGAGAUGACGUGUCUGGCAAGGUCACCAUCGCCAGCGAGGGAGGGUUCGGCGGAAACGGCACCUACCACUACAAUAGGAUCAGCGUCAACGGCAUGACUGGCCACUGGAUCCAGGAUGGUGCGCAGACCAAGCUGGCGUGGUCCAGCAUGUUCACGUGGACGCGCGACACGGCCGUCAAGACGCUGCCCAAGGAGGAAGCCCGCCCGCACCGCCUCGCGCGCGCCCGGCCACCUGGCCCCUCCGCGGAGGACUCUGGUGCUUGCCGCCAUCUCGCUGCUGGUGCCUGGCC